GGCUGCGGGGGCCGCACGCCUGGAAGAUGGUGGUUACUAGGUCUGCGCGGCCUCGGGCCGGGAACCAAGCCACGUCAGUUGAAAGCUUGCAGCAGAAGAAUUCUGCUGUCACAAGACUUCAAGUGCACUCAAAAGGCAGGAAGGGGUCUUCACCUGAUAACCAAAAUACAGCUGAAUCACAGACCGCUCCAGAACGAAGUCCAGCUCCUAAAACCAGGAAGAGUGUAACUACAGGCUCAUUACCAGAAAUGAACAAACCUUCGACAAAUGGCGAGAUUUCUGAAGCAGAGUCAGAUUGUUCUUCUGUGUCUGAGGUCCAGGAUCCUGUUUUCAGAGUAACUAGGAGAAGACAGAUCUUAGUUGCAGGCACCCCAGUUUCUAGUGUAAGGAAAAGGCUGAAAAUAACUCGGGUAAGUGAGUCUCAUACUGAAGAAGUCGUCUCUGAAGCAGACUCACAUGUUUCAGGUAUUUCUAGAAUUAUGCCUCCCACAGAAACAACAACCAGAAGAAGUAAGGCUAAAUCCCAAAGAGAGCCAAAGCAAGAAUCCCAUGUGGAAGUUAUUUCUGAUGCUGAGUCAUCAUGCUCAGACAUUUCAUUUUCUGGAAUUGCAACUAGGAGAACAACAAGGAGUAUGCAAAGGAAAUUACAGGCACAAACUGAGGAGAAUGAUACUAAGAUUGUACUAGAAAAUGAGAAGGAAAUCAUACAUACACCUGUGAAUUUAGAGGAUUCAGUUAACAGACGAACUUCCCGUUUACUAGCAAGAUCACUUUCUCAGAUAAAUAAGCCAAAUUUCUCUAAUAAUGAAAUUUGUAAUGACCCUGAUGAUGAUUCCUUCUUUGGAAUUUCAGGAAAAAAACUAGCCGUUAAAAAAACCCAAAAUUUUACCAUAAGAGAGGAAAAGCAGGACAGUAUUUCACCUCUCAAAGAAAUAAAGCAGAAUUGUAAAAGUUUAGAUGAAGAAGCCAAAAAAAUAAUAGAUGGGGGAAAAGAAGGUAAUGAGAAGAGCUCUCAGUUGAAGAAUCUUUCUGAACUUCAGGUUACUGGCCUCCAGCAGUUAGUUUCUCAAAGGCAUUCAACCCCUGAAAGUGACAAAACCACAUCAGAAUCUUCAACUCUGAACUGUGAGGCUGUGAUGAAAUCGUUGGCUCAAACAUUUGCAGUUGUGGAAAUGGACAGAUGGAAUGAAGAGAGAAAGAAUGCCAUAAAAACAAGUGACUAUUCAGAACCUGGUGAUGAUGAUGAUAGUGAUAGUGAUGCUGAAGAGUGCACAGUUAUAGGUGUUAGUGAAGACAUGAGCAAAGAAAAGGAGGCAGAUUCUGAGAGCGAUGCUGAAGAGUGCACAGUUAUAGGUGUUAGUGAAGACAUGAGCAAAGAAGAGGUAGAUUGUGAGAGCGAUGCUGAAGAGUGCACAGUUAUAGGUGUUAGUGAAGACAUGAGCAAAGAAAAGGAGGUAGAUUCUGAGAGCGAUGCUGAAGAGUGCACAGUUAUAGGUGUUAGUGAAGACAUGAGCAAAGAAAAGGAGGCAGAUUCUGAGAGCGAUGCUGAAGAGUGCACAGUUAUAGGUGUUAGUGAAGACAUGAGCAAAGAAAAGGAGGUAGAUUCUGAGAGCGAUGCUGAAGAGUGCACAGUUAUAGGUGUUAGUGAAGACAUGAGCAAAGAAGAGGUAGAUUGUGAGAGCGAUGCUGAAGAGUGCACAGUUAUAGGUGUUAGUGAAGACAUGAGCAAAGAAAAGGAGGUAGAUUCUGAGAGUGAUACCAAACCAAGUAAUCUUGAGUUCAGUACAACUCAGGAUAAAGAUGAUUCUGUUUUGUUAGUUCUCAGCAGUGAUGAAAGCCAGCAGUCUGAACACAGUGAGAAUGAAGAGGACACUGUGUGUUUUGUUGAAAAUAACGGUAACAAAGAGUCCCUAAAUGGAGACUCAGAAAAUCUGUCACGUGACAAUGCAUUGUUUGUGAUUGACACUACUCCCGGAUUGAGUGCUGAUAAAAAUUUUUACUUGGAUGAAGAAGACAAGGCAGGUGAGGUUGCCAUUGAGGAGGAGGAGGAGGAAGAGGAAGAAGAGGAAGAAAGUGAAGAAGAACUAUCAGACCAUGACAGAAAUAAAGAUAAUGAGUUUAGUGAUGAAGACAACUUGCUAAGUAACACAAAAUCUAAACUUCUGAAGUUGACGAGCAGCAGCAUAGAUACUGGACUGAAUAUUAAGGAGCUGGGUGGUUUGUAUAUUAAUUUCAAUGCAGACAAGCUACCGUUGAACAAGAGAACCCUAACACAGAUGAAAGAGAAAAGGAAAGAUGAGCUUCUGCAGAAAACUGUCAUUACUCCUGAAUUUGAAAAAAACUACUGUGUCCCACCAUAUAGUGAAUCAAAAUAUAAACUUCAGAAAAAACGCAGACAAGAGCGACAAAAAACAGCAGGUGAUGGAUGGUUUGGUAUGAAAGCGCCAGAACUGACAGAUGAACUGAAAAAUGAUCUCAAAGCACUGAAGAUGAGAGCUAGCAUGGACCCAAAAAGGUUUUACAAGAAAAAUGAUAGAGAUGGCUUCCCUAAGUACUUCCAGAUUGGAACCAUUGUUGACAAUCCUGCUGACUUCUACCAUUCACGACUUCCCAAGAAACAAAGGAAGAGAACUAUCGUGGAGGAACUGCUGGCUGAUUCUGAGUUCAGAAGAUAUAACCGAAGGAAGUACUCAGAGAUAAUGGCUGAAAAGGCAGCAAAUGCAGCAGGAAAGAAGUUUCGAAAGAAGAAGAAGUUCCGUAAUUAAGAUUCACCAAGCAAAUCACAAAAUUGAUACUGCAGUCUUUUUUUUUUUUUUGGCUGCACUGCAAAUUAUACAGAAUCUGAAGCUGCCUGACCAGGUUUCAAACCUGCACCCACUGCAAUGGGAGCAUGGAGCCUUCACCAUUGGAUCACCAGGGAAGUCCCUUUAUUUGUGAAUUUAAGUCACAUAAAUAACUUGGAACAAAGUAGAGAGUUAUUAACAAAUGUAAAAUACCUUAUUCAGUGAAAUACUGAAAUAAACUGAAAUACUU